AUGAUGAUCGCACAUGCACAACCACUACCCCCUCUGGACGAUCGAUCAAAAGACCACUUCGGCGUUGGCAAACUCCUCUCUCUUCUGGGCCAUGUCUGUCACCAUUUCACCAAACCUGCACGGUGGGUUGACCACUGGCACCGUGCCAUGCGCGCACUGUCCACCAUGCCCACGGUGAAGUCCAUUGGCAUGCAAGUCCUUGGACUUCUGUGCGAUGAUAACGGAGUUCACCACGUCGUCGUCGGGGUGGCACACGGCCAGCACCUUGAACCCGCCUCCGGCGAUGUCCUGGGGGUCUACGAUCGGGUACAGGAACCCGCGUGCCCCGUGCGCACUGCGUACAACGAGGGCCGCCCCGUCAGCCAUGUGUGCACCGAGGUGCGCGAUCACCUUGGCCUUGUCCUCGGCGGCCAUGCCCACAAGCGCGGCCAGGAAGACGACGUCGUACUUAGAGAGCUCGCCGGCGAGGUCCGCGACGUCGGCCGUGUGGAACGACAUGCGGGCGCCCACGUCCUUGUCCGCGCGGAACAGCUUGCUGGCGCGGUCAUUGGCCGCGCUACAUGGGUCGUAGUUGUCGAACAUGGUGUCGGGCAAGUGGCGUGCGGCGAGGACGAAAGAGCUGAACGGCAGUGGGCCAGAGCCGAUGAAGGCGACGCGGGCCGGGGCGAUGCCGCCGGGCACGUAGCGCGCCAGGAGCUCGUACUCGAGCUUGCUGAGGUUGAUGUAGUUAUUGUAGUAGGGGAACAUGCCGAGGUGGUCGAGCGGGUUGUCAAAGGCGGCGAGCAUGUCGGAGUAGUGCGCCUCCAGCUUCCCCUCGGCCUCAGAGCAGAGGCGGAUGAGGCCCUCCCGCAUCUCCUGCGCCUCCGGGCCGAGCUUGGUCACAUCCACGGGGCUCGGGGGAACGCACGCGGUGACCAGCUCGGUGAAGAGCGCGUCGACGUCCGGGGACGGGCUGAGCGACGGCAGCUUGGCGAUGGCGGCGUGGAGUCCGGUGAUCUUCUGGACCAGGGCAUCCACCUCCUUGUUCUGGGCAGCCAUUUUUCUUGCCUUCUAGGUACCUCAGGCACAGGAGUGGAGUAG